CUCCAGUUCUGUGUCUCAGGUUGCCUCAUUCUGUCAGGAUGCGCUGGUGAGUGGAGUGGAGACGCCAUCAUGACAAACCGAAUGGUGGUAGCUCAGCCGCAGCCUGUCAUGGACUACCAGAAUUCCCAGGAAUGGGGAACGGGAAUCUGCGACUGCUGUCAGGAUGUGAAAUCCUGCUGCUUCGCGUUCUGGUGCUGCCCUUGCUUCGCCUGCAUCACCUCCAGAGACUAUGGGGAACAUCUCUGCACCCCUUUGUUGGAGAUCUUUGGUUUUGGUUGUAUCGCACCGAUCACCAUGUCCAUGAGGGUGGCCAUGCGCCACCGCUAUGGCAUCAAGGGAACAAUUCCUAAGGACUGCGUCUACUCCACCUUCUGCGUGCCCUGUUCCUGGUGCCAGAUGUCCAGAGAGAUGAAGAGGAGGAAGAUCCAGAUCGUCCUGGUCAACGCGAAAACCUCAUGACCUCACCGAGACCCGGAGGCGGGGCUAAGACUUUAGACAAAUCCUGCAGUUAAUAAAUGUGGAUUUACCUUUAAACUCUAAACUUUACUCUGAAAAUGAAAACUAUUAAUCAGUUUCUUUCCUGUUUGAAACAAGAACGAAGGAGUUAAAGCAAAUAUAAAUGAGCACUGUAAAUACAAGCUUUCAGAUCGUCACUGCAAUGUUUUUAAUUUCCCCAUUUUGUUGAUUAUUAAUAAAUAUUUGCUAUGCACUAUGA